CUAUCCAUUGCAAUCUGAAUCCAAAUGGUAUUGAUCACCCUGUCCCCACAGAAGGUAUUAAUCUGCAGCUUGAAGGUGAAGGAGUGGGAUCGCCCUCUGUUAAGAACACCAGUACUCCAAAAGGGCCUGAGUCGAAAGAGACACCCAAGAGACAAGUGGAGCCAGAAAUAUCUAAG